CCAGAACCUGCGGAGGAUGGUGAACUACUGCGAGAACAGAUCGGACUGCAGACGUGCCAUCCAGCUGCAGUACUUUGGCGAGAACUACAGACAACGUUGUCCCAACAACCCGGCUGUCGCUUGUGACAACUGUCUCAGUCAGGAGAGCUACAAGGUGGAGGACGUAACAGAGCAAUGUCAGGCGCUAGUGGAGACGGUGCAACAGAUCUGCACACAGCGACAGUACAACAACUUCACGAUCAACCAUCUGGCUGACAUAUGGAAGGGGAGCAAGUGCCGCAAGGUUUUAGACAAUGGUCAUGACACUUUGAGAUCGUUCGGCCAGCUAACGGGAUGGGACAAGGUAGACGUCUGUCGGCUCAUCAACAAGCUGGUGAUGGAAGACUACCUGGCCGAGUAUCUGGUCACCAGCAACGACAACACACACUCCUAUAUCCGCAUGGGACCUCGGGCCAGGGAGUUGCUGCACGGAGGGAGCAGGGUUGUGUUCUCAAUGCGAGAAGUGAAGGCCAAGAAGUCAGCCGUCAACUCUCCAGCUGCAAAGAAUGGAGAGGAGUCGAGGUGUCCUGAGUUGGACGCUAUCUACGAACGCUGCUUCAGUGAGCUGAUGGAUGUUGUCACAGCAAUCGCAGAGAUCAAUGAGGUCAAUACCAACACCAUCAUGAAUAUUCAGGCACUGAAGGGCAUGUCCCUGACUCUCCCGGAGUCCCGGGAGGAAAUGCUAACCAUCACGGGAGUGACUCAGGCCAACUACGAGAAGUACGGUAGAGACCUGCUCAAGAUCACCUGCAGAUACGCUGAGGAGAAGAGCAAGCUGAAUUUUACUGACAUAACAAAGAAAAAAGAGGUCUCUGUCACCCUCCUCCAGAAGCAACGGGGGAGCGAAAAAGAAGAGGAAAAGUGGAAAUGCAAAGGAAACUCCUGCUGGUUCAUACGUGGCACCCUAUGUGGCCAAGUUCAGGAACAAUGGAAGGAAGAAAUACAAGUCUUCUCGGGGGAGAGGAGGGGGCAAGGGUAGGGGUGGGAGAGGUGGGGGGUCAGGCUAUAGGGCGACAGCGUCCUCAAAUUCGCACCAGACCAUGCAAUCUUCUCGGCCUCUCCCACCCAGCAACAGACCGGGCUUCAUGCCUGCUCCUAAAGUUACUCUUUUGCGUAGAUGAUCAUGCCCAAGGCAUUAGAUAGAAUGUAUCCACCAAUUGAAACAGAAUCAUCCUUCUAGAAGGUUGAAAUUUCGUUUUGGUUAUUUCAGAAUGUACAAUUUGUAUAUUUCCCUUAUACAGAGCAAGGAAUGCUCGACAUUUAUGGACAGAAGUUUUAAACUUCACGUUCUUCUUUGACAAAGUGAUUUAUCAGCUUCAUUUACGUGAAUCCACUUUACAGACACAUCACAUCUGAUAUGACAAUACUAUGACUUAGAGUCUAAGAGAUUCCAAAUAGAAAUAGUAUGGCAUGUUGUAAUAUUCAUUGUUAUCGUAGCAUUAAUGAAUUACCUAUGUUAUUGUAACUGUAGUGAAUAAAUAGUAGCUGUGCAAGUUUCAAUAUGCACAGCUACAAUAUGCAGUUUCUCGAUGCAUUGGAUGUAUUAAAAAAAAAUGUGACCUUCAGGUCUUUUGGUGAAUGAUCAACGUAUCAUCAUUUACAACUGUAUUACAUACCUGCACAAGAAAAUUGGUAUGAGAUGAAAUCCUUUGAUUGUACGAAGAAAAUAUUUUGUAAAUUAACAUUGAAAUGUAUUCAAUUUCAUAGAAUGCGUGUUAACUGUAAAUAAAAUCAUAAUAUUCUUGUAUGUAAGCUUUUUUAAGACUAUAUAAUAUGUAACAGUUAUUGUUAAAAACUAAUAGAGAAAUAUUACGAAUCAAAUUUAUUAAAAUUAAUUCAAUAUUUUAAAUAGUUUGUAAAUUAAUUUUUAAACAUUUUUAGAAUAACAAAUUCUGGGAAAUUAGUGAUUGUAAUAUUUUUUAUUUUCAACUCAACAUCGGCAAACGAUAAAAAGCUAACACCAUCAAUAAGGCAAACUUGCUCACUUUCUCUUACAUGCCUUACAUACUCUUUGAUCUGGAAUCUUUUUAAUGAUAUAAAUUUUCCAAUUAUUAUUUUUAUAUUCUUAUAUGCAUAUGUAUUUAUAUUAAUCUAAUUGUUAUUAAAUUAUUUUUAAAAAA